CUGGUCCGGUAGGAGAUCUCUUCUCGUCCCACAGUUUUCCAAAUAAGAUUAUAAUGUUAUUUUAGACUUCUAAGAAAGCCUAAAUUAGCGUAGUGGUUUCUUUUACCCUAAGUUUAAUUGGGAAGAAAGAAUUGGACAAAAGGAUGCUGGCUUUUGCUAGGAGGAAUUAAGUUGAAAACCUGGUCUUUGAAUUGCAAUGGGAGCUGCAUUGGGAACUGCGAUGGGAGCGUUAAUUCGUCUUUGGGAACGAAUACGUUUACUGAUCUUCGGAAGCGAACCAGAAUCACUGCUGCUCAUAGAAAGGGGGAUGCCAGAAAUAUCGCUUUACAAAAUUUGCCUGGAGAGAGUAUACGACCUUGUGAAAGCAGGAACUUGGAAAUCAUGUACUGUAAAUCCAUUUUUGAACCUCCCGAACGGAAUCAUCGAUGAUCUAAUGGCACCUACAGAUUAUGACGAAACAAAGGUAUCAGAAGUCUUCCAGCUUUUAACAAGUGGUUCGCUGACACGCCUCCACCUUAGUGGAAUAAAAGUCCAGGAAGAAAAGCGUUUAUUCUUAGAGGUAAUAGAGAAAAAUUGCUGCAAGUCUUUGCGAUUCCUUUCUUGGUAUUCAUCGGAACGCAAAAAUAUUCCUUUGAUAGAAGCUCUGGUACUUUCAUGUCCAAAAUUAGAAGAAUUCCGUUCAAAAAUCUCUCUUAAUUUUAACGUCUUCCGAAACUGCAAGGAACUGAGAGUUCUCAAGUUCUACGCUACCCUUCAGAUGUUUUGUCCUCAGGAUUUAGAAGUGUUGUCGUCGCUGAAAAAUCUGCAGGUGUUUUUCAGUUUUGACUCGAGUGGUGACAUAAUAGCCACUAUUCUGAAGUGCUGCCCUCAGCUGAUUUCGCUGGGACGCAGUGAUUCUCUGAAUGGUUUAGAAAUGAUACACGCACAAGCAGUGAGCCAGUGCGACAUCGACGACAUUGAGAUACCCGAUCGCUUCCACUUGAAGAGAUGUCUCUGGGGGACAAGAACCAAGUACAUGGGGGUCGGUGAUGCUUCAUAUAAAUCAAGUUUUCCUGAGAAAAUAAGAAUCGCCGUGUCUUUAUGCCCUUUUGUCGAAGAGUUGAUAAUUUACGUUUGUCACACCGAUUCUUUUGAAAGUUUGAAAAAUUUGAAACAUCUCACCCACCUCGAGAUAAUUUUCUCUGAAUGCGAUGGCGAUUACAUGACAAGUUUCUUUGAAUUCCUGAAAAUAAUCGGGCGAAAGCUGAAGCAUCUUUCUAUCGACGACACGCAUCCCGUUCCUGUCGACAUCAUCUGUGAUUUCUGCCCUCAGUUGCAGAGCCUCGACUUGAGGCGAUUUGCAACCGUCAGCGGGCCUGUCCAACAUAACAGCAAUAUUCUGCUGAAGAGACUGCGCAUCAUGUACAUUGAUCAAAAUGCUCUUUUAUAUCUUCUGUCCAGCUGCAAGGGCUUGGUGGAACUGUCUCUUUUCUACGCUUUGUGCUUAGACGACAGUCUCUUAAGUAAGAUACUGAAACAGAAUCCUCUGGCCGAGCUUAAAAUUAGCCACAUUACAGAGAGUAGUUUAACGAGAAGGGGCUUUCGAAUGUUUUUAGAGAAGGCAGUGUCUCUAGAGAGAGUAAAUUUUUCUUCAUUACGACGAGAUGUCGAUUAUAUCGUUGAAAACUUAAUUCGUGAGUUGAAUCUUACCAACCUCACUUAUGGUUAAAUGUUUGAAUCUCAUUGUGGCAUGCGGAUAUAUUGUUUCCAAUCCAGUUCCUCCGUUUGGUUACGUUUGAAAGAUUUGUUCGUGAACUUUAUAAACAUGCUCGGAUUAUUAAAUAUCCAAAGAAGGCAUCUGCCUAAGAGUCUCCGCUACUAUGAGGAGCAAGAGGCCGAUGCCUCCAUUCAUUCUUUCCCGGUGUUCUCAGGGUAACCUUAUUUUGUACUUUUAUUGAUUCAUCUACUCGAAUUUAUUCAAAUCAAAAUCAUUGUUGUUUACAUUUCAAAAUAUUAUACUUAAUGUUAUUUUCAUGUUUUUAAAUUCUCUUAGAGAGAGAUGUGGUUGAAUUUUUUCUACGUGAAAUCAACAACUUUGGCAAACUUCAUAUUAGAGUAUUUAGAUUUCAUAAACGAAGUUUUGUAAUU